CACCUAGGCAACCGCUUGCUCCAUGUAAACAAACUUCAAAUCAAAUCAACCAAAAAAUGUCUCCUACAUCCCGAAACUGACUUACGUUGUUCAAUUAUAGUUCACGGUUGUGUUAAAAAAUGCGUACCCUCCCGAAAUGGGUGGACAAACUGCAGGACGGCGACAAAGUGAGCCAGAGCAUCUACGACCUGUGCUUCAGCCCGGACGGCACGCAACUGGUGGCCGCCGGCGGUUACAGGGUGCUGAUCUACGACACCAACGACGGCCGUCUCGUGCAGGCCCUCAAGGGCCACAAGGACAAGGUGCACUGUGUCAGUUACGCCAGGAACGGCGAGAAAUUUGCCAGCGGAAGUGCGGAUAAAACCGUCAUUAUAUGGUCCAACAAGCUUGAGGGGCUCUUGAAGUAUAGCCAUGGGGAUUCGGUGCAGUGCAUCGCCUUCAAUCCGCUGUCGCAUCAGUUGGCUUCAUGUGCCGUCACUGACUUCGCCUUUUGGAGCACCGAACAGAAAGCGGUGCAGAAGCACAAGAUUUCGGGUAGGAUUAACUCCUGUUCGUGGACCAAUGAUGGGCAGUACAUAGCUCUGGCUUUGAACAAUGGGGUCAUAUCGAUCAGGAACAAAAUGGGGGAGGAAAAGAGCCGGAUAGAGAGACCCAAUGGGAUUUCUAUUUGGGCUAUCGCCUGGAGCACCCUCAAAGACGCCGAACAGACGGACAUGUUGUGUGUGGCUGACUGGAAUAAAACCUUGUCCUUUUAUACCUUGGGUGGUAAAUUAUCUGGGAAGGAAAGAUUUAUUGGCUACGAAGCAUUACGUAUGCGUUAUUUCUCCAAUGGAGAAUAUAUCCUUGUUAGUGGCAUCAAUAAAAUGAGCACCAUGUACACAAGGGACGGCAUUAAAUUGGGUACCGUUGGUGAGCCACAAAAAGGGUGGGUCUGGUGCUGUGAGCCUCACCCAAGUGGCAAUUAUGUGGCAAUGGGCUCUGAGGAUGGCACCAUCUCUUACUACCAACUAAUAUUCAACACAGUCCAUGGGCUCUACAAGGAACGUUACGCCUUUAGGGAAAACAUGACUGAUGUUAUCAUACAGCAUCUAAUAACUGAACAAAAGGUACGAAUAAAAUGCCGGGACUUGAUUAAAAAGAUAGCAAUAUACAAAAACAGGCUUGCAGUACAACUGCCGGAACGCGUGGUCAUCUACGAGUUGUACUCCAACGACGCCAACGACAUGCACUACAGAGCCAAGGAGAAGAUCACCCAAAAAAUCGACUGUAGCUUGCUGGUGGUUUGCACUGAACACUUGGUGAUCUGUCAGGAGAAGACGUUGCAGAGCAUGUUCUUCAACGGGGAAAAGGAAAAGACCUGGGACUUUGAAAGCCCCAUUCGUUACAUUAAAAUAAUCGGAGGGCCACCCGGCAAGGAGGGGUUAAUACUGGGAUUGAAAAAUGGGCAGGUGUGGGAGGUAUACCUCAACAACAUACACCCGUUGUUGAAGGUAACUGUGUCGGAUGGAAUUAGGUGUCUGGACGUCAGCCAGAGGAAGGAAAAGUUGGCGGUGGUGGACGAAUCCGGACUCUUACAAGUCUUCGACUCCAAAACAGCCGACUUGUACUUCCAAGAGCCGGCCACCAACAGCGUCGCCUUCAACACCCUGUACGAAGACAUGCUGGCCUUUAGCGGCAACAGCAGCCUCUCCAUCAAGAUCGUGGACUUCCCCGCCUAUAGGCAAAAGUUCUCGGGCUUCGUGGUCGGCCUGUCCGGCUCCAAGGUGUUCUGCCUCAACGGCGCGUCCAUGAACUCCGUGGAGUUGCCCCUGAGCGCCCCCAUGUACCAGUACAUCGAAAAGAAGAUGUUCGACGAGGCCUACAAGGUGGCCUGUCUGGGCGUCACCGACGGGGACUGGGAGAACCUGGCGCACGCCGCCCUAGAGUCCCUAGACCUGACGGUGGCACGCCUCGCCUUCGUCAAGCUUCAAGACUUCACCUUCCUCGAGCUCAUCCAGGACCUUCAAGACCAGCAGAAAAAGGGGGACGUCAACAAAGAGCUACUACUAGGCGACAUCUACGCCCACAAGGGUAAACUGAAGGAGGCGGCCAAGAUGUACUCGAAGUCGGGCCAGGAACACAGAGCCCUGACGAUGUACACCGACCUGCGCAUGUUCGACGAGGCGCAGGAGUAUGCCGGGGCGGCCGGCGACAACAACGUCCUCGUGCGACAGAAGGCGGAGUGGGCGAGAAACAUCAACGAGCAUCGGGCGGCCGCCGACAUGUACCUGUCCAUCGGGGACACCCGAUCAGCCAUCGACAUCUACGUGGAACGGGGGUGGUCUGAUCAGAUGCUGGAUUUGGGGAGAAAGUUGGACCGCACAGAGAGGGCGUCGCUUCUGCAAAUUGCGCAGUCGCUGAAACGCCUCGGGAAGUCGGACGGGGCGGCAGAGAUGUACAGGAAGCUGGGGGACAGCGAGGCGGUACUACUACUGCACGUGGAAGCUAUGGAUUGGGCUCAGGCGUUCGCCCUGCUUCAAAACUUGCCUCAAUACAAGGCUUUGGUGUACGUACCGUACGCCCACUGGUUGGCGGAAAGUGACCGUUUCGUCGAGGCCCAAAAGGCGUUCCACGCCGCCGGACAUCCGGAGGAGGCGUUCAAGGUUUUGCGCCAGCUAACCGACAAUGCUGUGUCGGAGCACCGUUUCGAAGACGCCGGGUACUACUACUGGAUAUUGUCCAGGCAGUGCCUCGACUUGAUGAAGGAUAAGGAGUAUGAAGGGAAGCAUGAGGAGUUAUUUAAGGACUUUGUGGAGAAUGAAAGGCUGGCCGGCAUUUACUACGCAUACCACGCGUUGUACCGGUACUUGGAGGAGCCGUUCACCUCAUUCAUGCCUGAAGCCCUGUUUAACAUCGCCAGGUUCCUACUAGCUGAAACCCACCAGAACAAACCCAAAGGUGUGUCCCAGUUCGCCAUAAUGUAUAGUCUGGCUAAACAGGCCAGAAAACUGGGCGCCAACAAGUUGGCCAAGCAGCUGUUCGACAAAAUCCAACAGCUGCAGAUACCGCAGAAGUUCCAGGAGCAAAUCGAGAUUGCCAGCAUCGCCAGCCGUGCCAGGACCUUCAGUGACCCGGAGGAGCUGUUGCCCAUGUGCUACCGUUGCUCCACCUACAACUCGUUGAUGGGGGUGGGCAACGAGUGCACCAACUGCGGCCAACGGUUCGUCCAUUCGUACGUUAGCUUCGAAAUCUUGCCUUUGGUUGAGUUUGUCUUAGACGAGGGCAUUUCUGAUAAUGAAGCUGUGCAGCUAAUAGAAACGCCUGUGGCUGAAGCAAACAAGGAAGGCUCGUCCUGGAAACAAAACAUCUACGACGAAGACCACCAAACCCUCCAACUCGUUGUUAAUGAAGAACCAGACUCGGACCCAUUCACAUCAAGGUUGGGGGCGUUUAAGGAUGAUGAAGGCAAAUUUGCCCCCGUUACUUUGGACAGAACUCACCUGCUGGCUCUGGAUGGCACUUCUGUGAUGAUCUGCAAAUAUGAGCAGCCACUUAAGUUUAAAUACUACAGGAACUUGCUGCCUGAUUUGCCUAUUACUAUGUGCAAUUUUUGUUUCAAGGCUUUUCACAUGGACGACUUCGAGUUGCACACUUUGCAAAAGGGCUAUUGCCCUUUUUGUCGUACCCCACUUGAUGGAAACCCCACCAACAAUGAAGCUUUUGUUAUGUAACCAUGUUAUAUAAACUUACGUCUUGUAUUUA